AUGUAGUCCUCCGUCGGCGUCGUUGAGGAGCAAGACACACUUUGACCGGCGUGGAGGUGACGGGAUGAAGAGGGAUGCGUGUGUGGCCACGAUAAUAAUGUUGCUGUUUUCAUCUGCCCAUUGCAACAACAGGUCACCGCCGGGGAGACCAGUCUUGCUUGGCUGCCGGUCCCCCGAGAAGGAAACGUUCACCUGCCGGUGGGAGCCGGGCAUAGAUGGUGGACUUCCCACCACGCACCGCCUCUACUACCAGAGAGAACGAUUGGAGGGGAGAAAUGAGUGUCCGGACUACCACUCGGCCGGGAGGAACGCCUGCUUCUUUGACAGGAACUACACGUCCAUUUGGGUAGACUACUACCUGACAGUGGUGGCCUCCAACGCCCUGGGGAACGCCACUUCGGACAUCUUAAAGAUCGAUGUCAUGGAUAUUGUGAAGCCUGACGCACCUGAAAGCAUCACAUUGGCGGCCGAGGACAGAGAGGAAAGUCCUAGUCUGUAUGUGAGUUGGGAGCAUCCCCAGAACGUCGACACCAACUCUGGCUGGGUCACUCUGGAAUAUCAGCUCAGAGCCAGACAACAACAACAACGAGGAGGAGGAGAGACCACUACCAACUGGAAGGAGUACAAGGCUGGUACACAAACCCAAUUCACACUUUACGGUGUCCAUCCCGGGGCAGUGUUCGUAGUCCAGGUGCGAUGUCGACUGGACCACGGUUCCUGGAGCUCCUGGAGCCACGCCUCCUACGUGAAGAUCCCCAACAGUAUUUGGAAGGAGAAACCAAUUUGGGUGUCGGUUUUGGCUCUGUCUGGCUUUCUGUUUCUCGCAGCACUCUGCAUUGUGGUCAUGAAAAGGAAAAGUGUGAUACAGUGUCUGCUGCCGCCUGUUCCAAGUCCAAAGAUACGAGGGGUUGACUUCCAGCUUCUCAAGAGCGGGCGACCCGAAGACCUCAUCAGCGCGCUGAUCAUCCACCAGGAUUUCCCUCCUGUGGUGGCCUGGAAUGACCAAAUGGACAAUUACCUAAUCGUGUUGGACCAUGACGCCGGGGUUCAGCGGAGUAACUUCAGCUCAGACUUUCAAUAUAAGGACAGUAAAGCUGAGCAGAACUUGAAGUUCUUGAAGACUCCACCUGGCGUCAACCAGGAAGAUGGGGGUAGUAAGGUUUCAGCCCACAACAGCUACAUGGACUUUGGGACACAUGUGCCCCUCGAGUCAGACUACAGCGGAGUCAAAGACGUGACGUCCGAUGUCUUCCUCGUCAAUAGCAUGGACCUUCCGAGUCUAGAGCUCCUCCCUGAGGACUAUAGCAAGGUGGUGGACAGUAAAAUGCUCUUGUUCCAGACACAGAGCAUCCAGUCGGACCGCCACAAGAAGCCUCCGCCCAGACAUUCUCAUGGGGUUGGGGAUCUCAUAGAUGGCGGAUACGUACACGCCAUCACAACGCCACCUCCCGGGAAACCAUCGCUAACGUAUUGAAGGAUAAUAACACAUGGAUUCUUUUUCACGUUUUUACUUUUAUGUUUUAAGCUCUAAUAUCUGUAGAUGUGAAUACCAAGACAUGAGUAAGAUGGAGUUCCGGUCCUAUGACAGCGAUGUAACGUAUUUGUAUGCAAGUCGGAACAUUUCAAGGUCAUAAAUAUAAAACAAGCAAAUGAAAAACAUUAAAUACGGCACUAACCGAGCAUGUGCCUUCUUGUGCCAAAUGACCACGUAAACUUUGUAGUUGGUAUUGUUACAACCAACACAGCUGUGAGCAGCAAUGAACGGGUCCUCGCACCUCCUUUUUUCAGGGCAAAUCCUCAAAAUCAAACUUUGACACCAUCAUCCACUCACAGACGGCAAAGGCAAAAAAGCUUAGCCAUUUUGCAAUUUCCAUCUGCAAUUUUUUUAUCUUCCAUCUGUCUGUUCAACAAGUACUAGUUCGAAGAAGUACAAACCAUGGAAUUCACCCAAAAUGGUUGCUUUAAAACAAAAUGACAGACUUCCUGGUCAAUUCCACCAAAUGGUCGUUGAGACUUUCGUGUGUCCUGUUAUGACAGACGUCAAACUUCGUGGCAAUCGAUGAAACUUGCAUUCUGGGAUUAUUCCUCCCCCCCAACUUUACAGAGAGUGCUACUGAGUUUUGGGGGGAGGUCAUGUCCGGGUCCCCCAAAAUUAAUUAAUUUUCACCAGGAAACAUUGACUUGGAAUAAACCUGGUUUGUUUUCAGCCAUCUUGAGUCCAAAGCCUGGAAUUGACCAAAAUGGCUUCUUCAAACCAUGAUGGACAACUUCUUGUUCAUUGAGACGUUUUCAUGCAUCUUAUCCGAGUCUUUAAGGGGAAUUACUGAGUUUUGAGGAGGUCGUUUUUAGGAUUUCUAAAAAUUGGUGUGUUUUUGGGCAUGUUUGCAAUUCAUUCGUGUGAAGAAGAAUAAGAAACACAGAGAAAAAGAAAAUCACCAUAUCCCAAAAUUCAAUUUAUUAUUAGGAAUCAUUGAAAAUAGCGUGUCAUCUCCUCAAUCACUUAUUGCCUGUCAAUACAUACACCCGCAUACAUAAUACAGUGGAGCUCCGCAUAUGGCAGUUCGGCACCCUCGGAUUUACCUAUAUGCAGGUUUCUUUUCAAAUACCCCCCCCCCCCCCCCCGAGUUUUCCAAUUUUGUUUUCAUUUUUUUGGGGAGGUGGGGGGGAACAACCCCAAACACACUUAUUGGUGGUUUACCUCCCCUUAUUGAAAUAUCUUUGGGGGUAAAAAAGUAAAAUAAAAUUCUCAGUGCAAUUAUAAUAAGUGUCAAUUAUCAGCGAAUUUUCGCUAAUUACAGUCCAGGACGGUCCCUACCCCCCACAAAUAGUCGAGGUCCACUGUA